AUUAUUAGCAUACAGAGAAGAAAGGCCCUCAACUUAGCACUAUAAAUUGCACUCUCAACCCCUUCCAGAACACUUACCUACCUGCCCCCAAAAAUGCCCAUUUCCCCCUCAGAAUUGCCUGUAAACUCCCGUGUGUCCUCUUUCUAAACCACACUCAUGAACCACAACCUAUUGGACGCCCUCAACGUCCGAGUCGUCGGGGACGGCGAUCGGAUCCUCGUCCUCGCUCAUGGCUUCGGGACCGACCAAUCCGCGUGGCAGCGUGUCCUGCCCUACUUCCUCUCGCACUAUCGCAUCAUCCUCUAUGAUCUCGUGUGCGCCGGCAGCGUGAAUCCGGGGUACUUCAAUUUCCGGCGGUACUCCACGCUUGACGGCUACGUUGAUGACUUGCUCUCCAUUCUCGACACCCUAUGCAUUGACCGUUGCGCGUAUGUCGGGCACUCAGUGUCGGCAAUGAUUGGAAUCCUAGCCGCCAUCCGCCGCCCGCACCUCUUCACCAAGCUUGUCCUCAUCGGAGCCUCUCCAAGGUUCUUGAACGAUGAAGAUUACCAUUGCGGGUUCGAGCAAGAGCAGAUCGAGCAAGUUUUCACGGCGAUGCAGUCGAAUUACGAGGCGUGGGUGAACGGUCAUGCGCCCUUAGCUGUGGGUUCCGAUGUUCCGACCGCUGUCCGCGAGUUCAGCCGGACCUUGUUCAACAUGAGGCCCGACAUAUCCCUCUUCGUGCUGCGCACGGUGUUCAAUAGCGACCUAAGGGGUGUGCUGGGCCUCGUGACGGUGCCCUGUUGCAUAAUUCAGACCGCUCACGAUGUUCUGCUGCCGGCGUCAGCGGCGACCUAUUUGAUGAACCACUUGGGCGGUCCGACCACGAUGGAGGUGGUGGACACGGAGGGCCACUUGCCGCAUCUCACUGCACCAGGACGAUUGGCCCAGGUGCUCCGGCAAGUGCUUUCCGGGUGAUCGGUGUAGGCGUCGCCAUAAGACCUGUUGCGGUUUGAGAUGACUGUUGUGAAGAGACAUAAAUACUUUUUUUAGAGAGCUAGGGUUUUGAUUGAAGAGAAACGGGAUCGAACCGAGAAGAAAAACGCCGAUCUUUCAAUUCGUGGACUCGAGAAGGGGCUCGAGAAGGGGAAAGCUUUUUGACUUUGGUGGAACUGAUGAUGAAGGGAUAUGUAACAGGAACAUGGGUCCAAGAUCAUGAACAAAACCCUCUUUUCCCCUUGAAUUUGCAAUGUGAUCAGUUGUGUUAAAUCAUCAAAAAUUGCACGAUCAAUACUCUUGUAGGAAAGGAUUGGUUUCAUUUGGAUUUCGGAU